AACAAACAAACAACGCGAUGGAGAACACAAGAGCCACCACACAUUUCUGGACCGAAGAGCAGACAGAAUUUAUGCUUCAUGUAUUGAAGGAGUUGAACAUACUAAAGUUCAUGGAUGGGAGGAAGACCCGAAAUGGUGAACUGUUUAAAAAGGUGGCACUGAAGAUGGUAGAGGCUGGCUUUCCCAGGACCCCUGAACAGAUCAGGAUUCGAUGGAAGAACGUGAAGAAGGCGUUCUUCCAGGCCAAACGGGACAGUGGAGCAAGUGGCCGUGGUCGCACUACGUGCCCGCUCUAUGAUGUCCUAGAUGACCUUCUUGGGAGCCGGCCUCUGCCCCUAGGAGAGCACAACGGCGUAGAUUCGGGUGUUCGGUUGCCAACUACCAUGGAUACUACAAUGGACCCGGAAGAGACGCUGCUCGGAGGCUCACCUUUAUCCUCCUCGCCUCGGUCAACUCCUCCACCUUCAAGUACUCCACUGCGGCCUACAAUUACAGAUGAUCUACCUAGAACAAGGACCCAGCAAUCAAGGCGAAUGAGAGACUUCGAUGUGCUCGUGAACCAGAUGCAAAUCAUGACUCGAGAAUGGAAGGAGGACAUGGCAAGAAGUGAGGCCCGGGAGGAGCGGUUGAUCGCCAGCAUCCUCCGCACUGACAGUAUGGUUGAGAAGCUGAUGCAGAGAAUGGAUAACAUUCAACCUCAACCAAACACAUUCUCACCACCACCACCUGAACCUCAACCAAACACAUACUUUCUUUACUUCUCUUAAUAUUUCUUAUAAAUAAAACACUAAACUAAAACUUC